GACUGUCACUUUCAAAUUGACACUUAGUUUCACGUGUUUACACUUUUGGAAAUGCGCUCGCAUAGUUUUAAACAAAUAAUUGUACAUAAUAAUUAACAAUGUUGAUAGCAGAAGACAAAGAAGUCGACAUUUUCGUCGCCAGUAGGAUAGGUUCAUUCAAACAUAUAAAAUACCACACAGAUACUUCUAAAAACAGUAAAAAGAACAUAGAAAACCUCGUAAAUAUAAAGACUCUGCAAAAAGAUGAGUGUAUUACCAGACUGGAGUGGGGUAAUGCUGACCAGACAGAGAUACUUGUUGGACGGAAGAAUCAACAGAUUCAAAUAUACAACACACUGCAAGGCUUCACGAAGUCAUACACAGCAGACUUUGCACCCGGCCACGUCGUAGGCCUGGGACGGAGUAAACGGAAGCUCCUAGCUGCUGUCUCCAGCGGAGUGGUGAAGGUGUGGAGUAAGAAGGCGGAGGAGCUCGUAAAUGUGGGGAAGGUGGACAGGAUGAGGGUCAGCCCUGAUGAGGAUACUGUGUUUGCUACUGGUGGUGAAGAAAACGACCUGAAACUGUGGCGCAUAGGCGAGCCCUCCCCGACGUUCGUAGCCAAGAACCUGGCGCACGACUGGCUGCAGCUGCGACGCCCCGUGUGGGUGUCCGACCUGCUGCUGCUGUCCGGGGAGGGGGGCAGGCUGGCCGCCGUCUGCUCGCGACAUGGAUAUGUUAGGUUAUACGACAGUCGCGCUCAACGGAGACCGGUCAUCAAUGUGGACUUUGAAAACAUGGCCGCCACAUGCAUCGCCAGCAGCUUCGACGAACGCCAAGUCCUGGUUGGCUUCGGUCGCGGCCAGCUGCACCAGGUGGACCUUCGUAAGGGCAAGCCCGACAAGGGCUACAAGGGUUCGGCGGGCGCCAUCACAGACAUAGCUAUAGUGCGAGACAGCAGGCUGGUAGUCAGCUGCAGUUUGGACAGACAGCUGAGGGUGCACGAGUAUGGGAGCAAGGAACUGGUUUAUAAGCAAUACUUAACUUCCAAGCUAUCCUGCGUGCUAGUCCAGGAGGCCAGCUCCACUCCGCUCACACGUAAAGAUGGCGAAGUCAAGGAGGAAGAGGAUCCGGAAGAUGUGAAGGUGGAAACGGAUGCAGACGACCUGGACACGCUGUUCGAGAAUAUGGAGCCUGUUGGUGAAAAACCCAAAAAGCAGAAACAGCAAGUCCCAGAAGAGAUUGAUCUCCCAGCUAAGAAGAUACGGCCAUCUUCUGGCGGCUGCACUGACGCGGACCUCGCGGACCCAGACGACGCCAUCAAGAAGCUGCUCAGAAGUACAGAGAAGUUGAAGAAGAAGAGAGAACAGAAGAAGAGAGAGAAGAAAGCUAAGAGCGUGUUCCAUAAUGCUUGAUUAUAAUGAUAAUGUUAA